AUGUGGAAAAUUCUACAACCAAAUGUUGGCGCAUGGCGUUUAACAGCAUCAAUAUUUUCUCAAUGGAUCAAUCCUAAUGUUCAAAUUCAAGGUAAAUCAAGUGUUGUAUGCUCAUCUAGUCUACAAAAAGACAUGGAAGGAAAUGUAGAUAGUAGUGGUUAUACAGAAUUUACCACAGAACAUAUUAUUGAUUCUGAUUUGCUUAUUUUAACCACAUGUGAAAAUAUUAACUUUACUUAUGCUGAUAUAUCUCUUAUCAAUCAAUCUGGUUAA